AUGACUAAGAACAAAUGUAUAGGUAAUGAAAAAGUUAUAACUCCUAUCAUCAACAAAGGAGCCAUCAAGCCGGUCGAAAUAAAGAGCAUUCACGAAUUACAGUACGAGUUAAAUAUCAAAAUUUACACAAACAUAUAUACGUAUAAUACACUGUGUAAUGGUAUAUUUAUAUGUAGAGGUAUUAAUGGAAUUACUGGUAAAAAGAACAGCGGGAAAAGCAGUCUUUGUUCCCACAUUUGUGUAAAUUUAUUUUUUAAUGACUUAUUACACUUUUUUCAUCUUUUCUAUUCAACGUACUUUGAUUUUGAAAAUUUUUUACAUAAGAAAAAUAUAGAAAAUAAAUUCUCUUCCAAAAUAUCAAAAAAUUUAAAGAAUCUAAGAAAAGAGUUUAAUAUUGAAAGUACAAAUUUUCAAGAGUUAAAUCAGCUGCUAAAUUAUUUCACCCUUUUAUUUAUAGACUUAUAUGAUAAAAAGGUAAAGGAAAAGAAUGCAGGAUUUUUAUUAAAUUAUAACAGAAUUUAUAACAAUAACCAGUUUUCUAAAAAAAGAAUUAUUUACAUAGACCUAGAUAACAGUUUUUACAUUGAAAGAUACAAAAAUAUGAUUUAUUCCUCUAUAGAAAAAAUAAAAAAAUUAAUAAAUACUUAUAUUAAUUUCUGUGGUGAGAAAAAUUCUUUUUUAUUUUUAUUACUACUGGACAGUUCUAAUUUCUAUCAAAAACAACAGCUGUUUAACAUAUAUAAAAAUUAUACUAAAGAAUGGUACCUGUUCAUAAAUCUAUUUAAUCAUUAUUUAAAUAAAUACAUUGAUGAUAUUACCUUCUUUGAUGUUUUCAAAAAUUUACAAAUCUUAAAAAUUUUCAAUUUUUCUGAACUUGUUAAUGUUGUUCAUUUUAUAUGUGACCAUGUUGAAAAAUACGCUCAUCCUAAAACUAACCAUUUUAACAAAUAUAUACCUUCAGAUUUGGGGGCGGUAGUAUUGGACAACUUAAAUUAUUUGCACAAAAGCAACACAGUAAACGAUAUGCAGUUAACAAAUGCGCAGUUAAAAGAUAAGCAGCCAAAUGAUGAGCAGCCAAAUGAUGAGCAGCCAAACAAUGAGCAGCCAAACAAUGAGCAGCCAAAUAAUGAGCAGUCAAACAAUGAGCAGCCAAACAAUGAGCAGCCAAACAAUGAGCAGCCAAAUGAUGAGCAGCCAAAUGAUGAGCAGCCAAAUAAUAAGCAGCUAAAUAGUAAGCAUCUAAACAAUAAGCAUUUAAACAAUAAGAAGCUAAAUACCGAGCAGCUAAAUAAUGAGCUUAAAUGUUUGUUAAUGAAACUGUCCAAACUAUCUACAGAACAUAAAAUUUGCGUUUUGAUAACAAAUAAUGAUAGUAAAUAUUUUAAAAAACAUGACGAACAUUUCAAUAAAAUUUACUCAAAAUAUGUGUACCACCACAUAAUUGUAAGAUUCAUUAAUCAAAAGAAUUUAUUUGAGCAUAAUUAUCCUACGAAAAAGGAAAGCAAAAAAAAUGACUGCUACACCCCGUCAAGUGAUGAAGGGUCAGAUGAAAUGGCGGAAAAUCAUGAUGAUAACUUCUGUACAAAAAGAUAUAACCAGAGAUACAUAAAGAUAAAAAAAAAAGGUAAAGACAACAUAUGCUUUUUUGAAAUAAAUGAAUACGGAAUUGAAACCUUGUUGCACUAA